AUGUCUACCUACGUUAUCACCGGUACGAGUAAUACAUGCACCCGGUUAUUCAUUCGAUCAACCACUUCUAUUUCCACGGAGGCGAGUGAUACAAUUGAAGGAGGUUCAUAUCAAGCCGAUACCAAAUUGAGGACGGAGCGAGCAGCACAUCGCCCGAUGGUCGUAUCCCGUUACCUGGCCGCUGCCAUACAUUGUGAACUAGUAUAUUAUAUUAUAGUCGGUAAUCCAUCACCUGUCAAUCAAUCCACCACACUUUGGAAUCAACGUGAGUUCUGA